UCAUGGGUGUGCCACUGUUUUGCCGUGCCUCCCUCAGGGCACUCCGCCUCUGCAUCAGGAACCAAAAGGAAAACGGAGGUUAUGGGAAUACACAGUCCCAGAAGGAAACCCACAGGAGACUGGCUCAAGGAGAACAAUGAAGGAAAACAUACAUCAAAGUCCAGUGUGAGAGAGAGACAAUCAGCAGUUCAUUUGCAGCCAUGAGCCAGCCCACCCCGGCCACCACAGAGCCACCUGGCCAGCCUGGACAGAGGAACCUUACCUUCGAGGUUGUGGACAUCGUUGUUGUCAUCAUUUAUUUUGUCUUCGUCCUUGCCGUUGGGAUAUGGUCAUCCAUACGGGCAAGCCGGGGGACAGUUGGAGGGUAUUUCCUGGCUGGACGGUCCAUGACAUGGUUGCCUAUUGGAGCCUCCCUGAUGUCAAGCAACGUGGGCAGUGGCUUGUUCAUCGGCCUAGCAGGCACAGGAGCAGCUGGGGGCCUCGCCGUCGGGGGCUUCGAGUGGAAUGCUACCUGGGCGCUGCUGGCCCUCGGCUGGAUUUUUGUGCCUGUUUACAUUGCUGCAGGAGUUGUCACAAUGCCCGAGUACCUGAAGAAGAGAUUUGGAGGACAGAGGAUUCAAGUCUACAUGUCCGUACUGUCCCUCAUUCUCUAUAUAUUCACCAAGAUAUCAACAGAUAUUUUCUCUGGAGCGCUGUUCAUCCAAGUCUCCCUGGGCUGGAACCUGUACCUGUCCACCGUGAUCUUGCUAGCCGUGACAGCUGUCUACACUAUAGCUGGUGGUUUAACGGCUGUGAUGUACACAGAUGUGCUGCAGACUGUGAUCAUGGUACUCGGGGCUUCGGUUCUCGCCUUUAUAGGGUUUGAAAAAGUCGGCUGGUUUGAAGGACUUAAAGAGAAAUACAGCACCAUGAUACCCAAUGUCAUCGUCCCAAACACCACCUGUCACCUCCCACGCGCUGACGCCUUCCACAUGCUCAGGAACCCUGUCACUGGGGACAUUCCUUGGCCUGGGCUUAUCUUCGGCCUCUCUGUGCUGGCUACUUGGUGUUGGUGCACUGAUCAGGUUAUAGUGCAAAGGUCUCUCUCUGCCAAGAACCUCUCCCAUGCCAAGGGUGGAUCGGUGCUGGCGGGUUAUUUGAAAAUGCUCUCGAUGUUUUUCAUUGUCAUGCCUGGUAUGAUCAGCAGAGCUCUUUACCCAGAUGAAGUGGGAUGUGUGGACCCGAAAGUCUGUGAAACCGUCUGCGGAGCUAAAGUGGGUUGUUCUAACAUUGCCUAUCCUAAGCUCGUAAUGGGACUCAUGCCUGUAGGACUACGGGGUUUGAUGAUAGCUGUGAUGAUGGCAGCCCUGAUGAGUUCCCUCACCUCAAUCUUCAACAGCAGCAGCACGCUCUUCGCCAUAGAUAUCUGGCAGCGGAUCCGCAAGAAAGCCACGGAGCAGGAGCUCAUGAUUGUUGGCAGAGUGUUUGUUCUCAUCCUCAUUGUCAUCAGUAUUCUCUGGAUUCCCAUCAUUCAGAUGUCCAACAGCGGUCAGCUCUUUGACUACAUUCAGUCCAUAACCAGUUAUCUGGCCCCACCAAUUACUGCCCUCUUCGUCCUGGCAAUCUUCUGCAAGAGGAUCAAUGAGCCCGGUGCUUUCUGGGGCCUCAUGUUCGGGCUGGUAGUGGGUGGCAUUCGAAUGAUCAUGGAGUUUUCCUAUGGGGUGCCAUCCUGCGGCGAGGAGGACCCAAGACCAGCUGUCCUAAAGGAUGUUCACUACCUGUACUUUGCCCUCAUUCUCUGCGUGCUCACGGCCAUCGUCAUUAUCCUGAUUAGUCUCUGCACCCCACCAAUCCCAGAGGAAAAGCUGGCUAGCCUGACGUGGUGGACUAGACACAGCAAACCUCCCGCAAUUGACCUGGUGAGCUACAAGAGCGAGUCGGCGGAGGUAAAUCCUUCAGUGGGCGAGAGUGAUGGGGACGCGCCGACGUGGGAGAACACGGAUUCAGGGAGCAAAGAACAUGGAGCAGUGAGCCCUCCUUGCUGGAAGAAGUUAUAUUUCUGGUUCUGCGGGAUCUCCAGCAGCCCAGGACCCACACUGACCAAGGAAGAGAAAGCAGUCCUGGAAAGGAAACUCACCAGCAUUGUGGAAAAGCCCUUAUCAAAGAUUGUUUGCAACAUUAAUGCUAUAAUCCUGCUAGCUUUUAACGUCUUUCUGUGGGGAUACUUUGGCUGAAGACGGGGCUGCAGACAGUACUCGGCUGGCUUGGCUUUGAUUUAGAAUACAGCAGUAAUGCUUAGAGACCUCAAGCAGGUCAGGACCACAUUGUUCUUGAUGCCACACAUACAGUAAAUGGAAUUCUCUGCCCCAAAGAGCUUACAAUCUAGAAGACCAAACCUAGUGGGCAGGGAUAGCAUAGCAUUUACCAGGGAGCGUUUUUAUCAGGUAAAAUCGUGUUUUUUGUCACCUAGGGAAAAAUUAAUUGGGCCCAGUUUAUGAUAUUUUCUAUUUUUAAAAUUGUUUUACUAUCACACACAUCACACUUUGUUGUAGUUACAUAGUCAAAUUGCAUUACGUAGUCAAAUAAGGCACUCGAUUUGGAGAUUAAUUUAGGGUUGUACAAAUAAACAAGUAAAAUUUCAGUGAUCAUAAUACAAAUAUAUGUAAUGAGAAUAGCGUCAGAAUGUCUGUAAACAAUUUAGUCUGGUGUUUUUUCCAGGAAGUUAUAGAGGCCGUGACAACUUUCAGUUUUCUAUAUUCUAUAACCCAAAGUCAAAAGCCUUCAGGGACAAUAAUGCAGAGUUGUAGCCAUGAAGCAUUAAGCAAUCAGAAGCAUGCAGCGCUGCAGACAACAUGUCCAGGUCUGGCUGGCCACGGAGCCUGCUGUAGCAGACCAACUUGGAUGCAGUGGGUAGACGGAACCUAUUUCUCAGUUUUGAAUGGAUGUAUCCAAAGUCUGAAAAGAUUCAUUCUAUGCUUGCUGAACUGGCUGGACACCGAUGGACUUGCACCACCGGUUUUGUGACAUCAGGGGGACUCUUGGCAUUCUUCAGAUUUUUUUCCACCAUACUAAAGGGGAAUUUUUUUCCUUGUAGCGGAUGAAAAUGUCAAUUUUAGCUACAGUGAGUCUUCUAUGUUAAAUGCAAGUAAAUAUGGCAGAAAGUCGGGAUUUUUGCUCAGCAGCUACUGCUUGCAAUUUCUUCUUGUUCCGAAGACACGUUUCUUGCCUGCGUAUUUUGGCAGAAGGAGGUCGGCCAACAUUUGUAAUUGCCUCAUGAAAUCUCUUUGGUACGUCGGCUUUAUGUGGGGCAAGAUCUUCAUUUAUCAGUAGAUCCGUCUCGUGUCCUUUUUAGAGUGUGUUAAGUGCCACAGAAACUGAAUUGAAUUGACUGAUCAAGUUAUUUGCUUCUCGGUAAAUCCUUUGAUUAUUAAUUUCACUGACCACUCUAGCUUGAAAUUCCGCCUCUAGCUCACUCAUAAUCCUGAGAUAAUGUGGCCAAUUUUUGAAUAUAUGUUUCCAGACAUGUUGUUUGACUGUUUCAGUAUGUGUUACCAGGGAUUUACAGAACCUGACAGUCUUUUAACCAGGCUCCAGGUGAUUACGAAAAUACUUUUGUAAAUCGCCAACAUGUUUCUUCAAAGCACUCAGUGUAAGGGCUUGUCCAAGUAGAUUGAGCCAAUGUGAUGCACAUCCAUACUUAGCCAAAGUGUGGUUAGCUUGUUCCAAAUCACUGCCCAUACUUGGCAUUUUUUCCUCAUUGUCUGUCGGGUAGCUCUUAACACAACCAUACCAUUCGUUGCUAAUGCCUUGGCUUCUCUUAUCGGUGUAGCACAAUACUUUCCAGUCUUCUUAUAUCAACUGCUGCUAAGGAAACCACAGUCAGCUAUCACUGGGACAAUGUGUACGUUAUGCCAGCCAUCCUGUAGUCAUGGAACAGCUUUUCCAUAUAAUUUGUUGUGUGCUUCCACCUUUAAGCCAUCAGUAACUGCAUCUAACCGUUUACCUGCUUUCAGCUGGGUGCUUUGUAGCCUGGUCUUAGGCAGCUGGUCAGUGCUUGAAAAAAGUGGAUGUUCAGUCACUGAAAAGGGAAUAGUACAGCCAUAAAACAGCUCUGCAGUUUUCAGGGCUACCUUUUGUUUCAGUUCUGGCAUUGUUUUCUUGACAAACAUAUGCAUGUGUGAUUGAAAAACUGUGACACUUCCUCCUCAUUGUCUUUGGCUGAUGUGGAUCUGCCUUUCUCUUGCUGCUCUUGGCAACAGCAAUGCACUAUUAUGGGUACCUUCUGUGGUUAGAUGUUGAUAGAUGUUUGGCUGCGUGUGUUCCCUCUGUGUGCGACGCCAGCCCUGCGCAGACAGCUGGCACGGCAGACCUCAAGCGAACCACCCAAUGACCACAAGAUCCAGUAAGGGACGAAGGCACCCAGCCAGGUUUAUUGUCAAUGAAGCACGGUACUAGUAUCCCGGACCACUAAUACAUGUAUGCCCAUAACAAUGGACCGGGUUAGUGAACAGUGGGAUUUUCCAUUCCUGUGCCAGACAAAAAUAUUCCCUCUGAGAUACAUCUUUAUACCCCGAUACAAACAAGUUACAUACUGCCCUUCUGACACAGUUAGUUACUGCCCCCUGACAUAGUUAGUUUUACCCAUUACCUUGCACACGUUGGUUCAAUCAAAGCAUUUCUAUUAUGUACUGUCAUCCUGACCUUAUCUUUUAGGAGGGGUCAGUGUGUUCCUGUUAUCCUUGGGGAAUGUUUUUGUACCAUGCUUGAUAUCGGGAUGUUCUGGUACCACUUGAUAUCAGGAUGUAUUUCUGUGAGUACUCUGUGACUUCUUAGGAAUGUGUAUUUCUACAAUAUCUCCUCUGUUCUUGCCAGAUUCUGAGAGCAGGUCCUGCCUCAUACCAAGCCUCUAAUAAAAAGGCUUAUAUCUCAGGCUCUCU